UACGCAAAACACAAGUCUCACUUGCUGUGUAUUUCUCAAAAUCCUUCAUUCUUUCUUUUUAGUCAUCAUUUGAAGUUAUAAAAGGAUCUCACUAUGGGUAUCAAAAUGAGUCCCCUAAUUCAAGGUACUAGAAUCUUGAGGAGGUUUUCAAACUCUGGAGGUGUUCCUAAAGGGCAUUGUGCAGUAUAUGUAGGAGAGAGACAGAAGAAGAGAUUUGUCGUGCCAAUAUCUUACUUGAGCCAGCCUUUAUAUCAAGACUUGUUAACUCAAGCUGAAGAACAGUUUGGCUUCGAUCAUCCAAUGGGUGGUCUCACAAUACCUUGCAAAGAGGACGUGUUUGUUGAUCUCACAUCCCGCUUGAGAUCAUGAGUUGUAUCAAAGUGCAAAUUCUCUUGCAUAGAAAUUUUGUAAAGUAGUAGACUUAGAGACUAGAAAGAGGAGAUUUAGAGAGGAACUUUCACUGUAUAGUUCAGAAACACAAGAAUCUAUAGAACUUGUUUCCAUGAUCAAUUUAUGAUGGCAGAAGUGCUGUUUCUUACAAUCACUAUUUUCGUUAUUUUUGCUAAAACAAUGCUGUUAUUUAUUUAGAAUUUUUCUGCUAAGCAAAUAAUAGUUUGCACUGUGUGGUU